UCGACCCGCCCAUUUUCAUUCUUCUCCUUCGCCGCCUCACCCUCUUACUCUCCCACAUUCACUCUUCCGUCGCGUCAAUGUCAGUAAGAAUACAUUAGGAAAUCCCUGUUGAAUUCUAAGAGCAGGGGUCACGACCAUGGGUUACUUCGAUCUCAACAUUCCCUAUCCCCAACCCUCACCCACCAACAAGGUCGCCGAACAAAGCAUCCGCACCAGGCUUGCGGUGAAGGCCAUGGAGUUGGGUUACACCGGAAUCGCUUACAACCGCACCAUCAAAGGCGUCAUGUCCGAACAGCACCGUUGCUCCAUUCCCCCACUCACCCUCUCCUCUCUCCUCAACGUUCUUCCCUUUCUCUCCCUCUCCGCUAAUCUUCACCGCUCCCUCCUCGGAGUUCCGCUCUCCACCCCCUUCCGUCAGUACACGCGUCUUACCGUUUGCGUCGACAGCGCUUCCCAGGCGCAGGCCCUCAAUUCGGGGAACCCCAUUUUGAAGACCUACGAUCUCGUUGCUGUUCAACCCUUCAAUCAGACCGCCUUUGAUCUUGCGUGUCAGACCAUGGAGGUGGAUAUUAUCUCGAUUGAUUUUUCAGCUAAAUUGCCCUUUAGAUUGAAGCAGCCUAUGGUUAAAGUAGCAAUGCAGCGUGGGAUUUGUUUUGAAGUCACGUAUUCUGGUUUGUUUGCUGAUAUUCACAAAAGGAGACAGUUAAUUUCUGGUGCUAAGUUGUUGAUGGACUGGACUCGGGGACACAACAUUGUAUUUUCAAGUGCUGCCCCUACUGUGAAUGAGCUCAGAGGACCUUGUGAUGUUGCCAACUUGUGUUCAUUGUUUGGACUCUCCAAGGAACGAGCUAAUGCUGCUAUUUCUAAAAACUGUAGGAUUCUUUUAGCUAAUUCUUUAAGGAAAAAGCGAUUUUAUAAAGAGGCAAUAAGAGUAGAAGUUUUAUCAACAGAUGCAGCAUCUCAUUCCAAGGAAGAUCGGUAUCAAGAGUUACUACAGUGGGAUCCUAUCUCCAGUGGUGAAGGUGAUAUCCUCUUGAAUGACGUGGAGAAAUCUUCUUUAGUCUCCUGUAAAGGAUCAAAAACUGAAAAAGCCAUUGACUUUGCUUCACUGGUCAACAGCCUUCCAUCUAACGGUUUUGAAAUCAAGAAUUUCUUACCUGCAAACAAGGUUUUACCUGCCUGUUUAGACAAUAAAAUAAACUCCCCACCUGUUACCCAAAAACUAGACCAGUCAGCAACCUUACCUAACAACUUCACUGAGCAUUCCACCAUACCUGAUAUUUGUCUUGAGCAAGAUGAAAACCCCUUAUCAAAUGCUUUAACAAAAAGUUACAGUUUGAGCCGUGAUCAUGUUUUUGAGAAAAAUAUGCAGAAUGAAAUAUCUGAUGCUGUCAAUUUAAAGGAGAUAAACAUUCCGACUGCCCUUGACUCUACCUUCCCCGAUGAUAAAGUAAACUUCCUUCCGGUUGCCAAAAACAUAAAUCAGUCAACUCUUGUGCCUAACAACAUAACGGUGCAGCUUGAUAGGCUUGAUGUUUGUCCUGAGCAAGGUGAAAUCUCCCAACCACAGAAACAAAGUGAGGAUUUUUUGGAGAAAAAUAUACACAGUGGAACUUCCAAUGCUUUCAAUUCAAUGGAGAUGGACAUUUCGACAACUGCCACAAAGUUGAAACAAAGAAGUUCUACUGAUUCAAAUGUUGAUCUCAUCCCGCUUGAAGCAAAAGCAUUUGAUGUAGAAUCAAAUUUCUCAAGCAAUACAUGGAAUACUCUAAAACCACAUGAAAACGAUAAACUUUCUGGAUCUUCACAAGAGGUGGCACAUGAUAUUGCUCAUAAAGUAGAUAUCUUUGAUAGUAUUAUUCCAGCACCGUUUCAUGAUAAACACUCUAGUGACAAAAGUUCUGAUGUUAAUUUAAAUGAAGUCGGCAAGAUUCAUGCAGCUUUGCCAAAUGAAGAUUUAGAAACAUCUAUUUCUGAUACUUCAAUGGAGGGUAAACAGUUUGACAAACGGCAUGAUGCAGUUGAACUCGAGAAGCAACAGCUAAAAUCUUAUGAUGAGAUGGAAAUGCAAGAUAAUUCCGAAGCUGCCAGCCAUUUAAGUCCAGAUGUUAUAAUGAAAGAUAAAGAGCUCGGUGAAGUGAUCACCGAAUCCGAUCAAUUAGCCUCAGUUCAUCGUGUAUCAGGUGCAUUGAAACUGAAGCGAAGGACACCUCGGGAACUACCUUUAUUCCCCUUGAAGAGAUUGCUAAAUCCGACGGCCUUUAAGAAGAAAGUUAAAAAAAGCAAGACCAGAACUAAGCUAAAGUAAUUUUUUUUUUUCUGGAUUGUUAGUGUUACAUGGCAUAGAUUGAGCUAAUUUUUUUUAUAGUAUGUAUUAAUACUAACAUAUUUACUAGAGUGUGAAGAAAAUAGUGUUUAAAGACCUUCAAAUCUUCAAAUGCAAUACUAAACCUUGACAUAAAUUUCCAA